CGUAAUAAAAAGAAUAAUUAUUAUCAAUCCGGUUGUGAAUCGAUGACGUCAUCAAAAUAAUACCGAUUUACCGACUGAUAAAAUUGAUGCAGCAACAUGCGCUCUCUCGCUUUCCAAGGUUGUCGCGAUAAUCAGCUGAAGGUUUUUGUGAAUACCGGCUGUCAAAACAAGCACUUUUGACGGGUGAACAUUCCAUUAUCGACGAUGGAUUGGUCUUUAUGGAGGCCUCGAGAAGAAACCCUAACAUCAAUCAAAGAACUUUUACAAGACGCAUUGAUCCCGGAUAGCGAAAUACAGAAAGACGUCCAAAACAAGCUGAAAAACCUCGAGAUUGUGGAAGAUUUCACCUAUUACCUUUUGUAUAUCGUCGGUCAGACGCAUUUCUCGGAGGAGAUUCGCUCGCUUAGCGGUAUUUUAUUAAAGAAUAAUAUCGCGGCAGUGUACAAUAAACUACCUCAAGACAGUAUUAUUAAGAUUAGACAGUUGUGUUUAAUGCUGCUUCGAGACCCAUGUCGAGACGUUCGGACGAGCAUUUCGAACGUGAUCUACACACUAGCGAAGCACAAUCUCAACACGUGGCCCGAAUUAAUACCGUUCUUGGUCAAGUCGUUCGAAACUCCAGACGAGUACGGCGACGUCGCCUUGACUACGCUGUUCAGCGUGUGCGAAGAGAUGAUGAACCUCGAGAAAUCAGAAGAGGAAAUCUGCACAAUCACGAAGGAGGUUUUUCCGAAGUUUGUCGAUUUCCUGGCGGAUGAGAAGUGUGAUAAAAAACAGAACAUAAUCAAACUAAUCAAUCAGUUUUUACAAGACCACUACAAGGUAAUGAAACAAUCUAUAGAUCUUGCCAAAUAUUUGAGAAAUGUGAUGCAGUUGGCUGACACGGAUGACCUAGAUAUGCAGAAGUACAUCUGUCACGCGUUUGUUAUGUACAUUGAGUAUCGAGAAGAGUGCCUCUUGCCUCACUUACAUGACGUCAUCAUGUAUCUUAUGAUUAAAACUCAGCACGAGGACCUCGAGGUGGCGCUAGGUGCUUGUGAGUUUUGGCUAGCCGUGACAAAAUUGAGUAACUGUAAAGAAAUACUCACUCCUUACAUUGACAAACUCAUCCCGAUUUUACUCAAAAACAUGAAAUACUCGACGUUUGAGUUGAUUGCUUUGAAGGAUACUCUCAGGGUGGAUGAACAGAGUGACGAUCCGUCAAAAGAGACGUUCCCGUUUCACAUGCACGAUAAAAGGAUAACUCGGGAGGAUGAUUGUUACGAGAACGAAGAUGGCGAUUUUUUGGGGAAUUGUGACGACGUUGAUGAUUUCUACGUCGGGUGGACUUUGAGGAAGUGCAGCGCUGCCUCCUUAGACGCGAUUGCUGUUAAAUUCGGGGAAGAUAUUCUCCCUUUGAUUGUCCCUUUUCUUAACGAGCUUCUCUACCAUCAAGAUUUUUUAAUUAAGGAGUCUGCGAUUUUGGCCCUAGGGGCAAUUUCCGAAGGUUGUAUGAACGGGUUGAAACCCCAUUUGCCGUAUUUGAUAGAAUAUUUGAUUCAUACUAUGAACGACGAACAUUCAAUGGUCCGUGUGAUCACGUGCUGGACGCUGAGUCGUUACGUUAGUUGGAUCAUCAACUCGCAACCUUCUCAUUCUAUUUAUUUUAUACCCGUUAUGACGAUUCUGCUGAAACACUUUAUGGACGAUAAUAAGAGGGUUCAAAGAGCGGCGAUUUCGGCCUUUUGCGUGUUUCAGGAAGAGGCACAGAUGCAACUGAUUCCUUACAUUGAUUUGAUUCUGGAAGGGUUUCAGCUCGGGUUUCAAAAAUUCAAUUAUCGCAGUCUUUAUUUGUUGUACGACGCUAUAAACGUCUUGGCUCUUUCGGUGGGGAACGAGUUAAGCAAGCCAGCGUAUAUAGAAAAAUUGAUGCCCCCAAUAAUGCAAAAACUCAACGAGUAUAAUAAUUAUUCCGACGACCAGUUCAUUGCCGUUCUUGAAUGUUUAGCCAACAUAAUCCCAUCUUUGGACGCCGGCUUUUUACCUUAUUCCGAAGUGGUAUAUUUGCAAUGUAUGGAAAUAAUCAUGGACACUUUUAUGGCGGAUGCUAAUUUCCAAGAGAACCUAAACGGGUUUGAUCCUCCGGAUAAAGAACCCAUGCAUGUUGCGCUGGACGUCUUAUACAGCAUGGCAGUGGGACUUAAAUCCUAUUUUUAUAAGUACGUUACAAAUAGUAACUUAGUCUGUCUCCUCUACACGACGAUGCAAGACUGCUCCUUUUUGAUCCGACAAUCGUCCAUAGCCUUAUAUGGAGAAUUAGUAUUGAUCUGCUACCCUUAUUUAUCCACAAACGUGGGCGACUACAUUAAAUUAAUAAUAAAGAACCUCGACGAGUGCUACGAAGGGGUUUGUAAAAACGCCGCCUGGGUCAUCGGUAAACUAACCACCGUCAUGGGCGCCGAAAUUCGCCCCUACGUACCUGAAAUUUUAACCGCUUUCAUCAACAUUCUGAGGAACCCGACGGUGUCGAGAGCCAUGCACCAAACCGUCUCGGUCUCGCUUUGUACGCUCUGUUGCGUGUGUCCCGACAUCACCAUAACCGAGUCCGACAUCGUUCUGAAGAAUUGCUGCAUGUCCUUGCGCAGCCUGAAGGAUUCAGACGAGAAGGACCUGGCCUUCCGGGGCCUGUGCCAAGUGGUCGUUCGUCACCCGGACUUCUGCCAGAACAACUUCAUGUACUUCUGUGAUGCUGUGGCGUCGUGGAACGCCGUCAAACCUGACUUGAAGGAUAUCAUAAAGAAUAUUUUAAUCUCUUUUAAAGAACAAUGCGGGGAAAUGAACUGGAUACAGUUCUAUGGGCAAUUUCCUGAGCUGCUGAAGCUACAACUGUAUAAUCUUUACGGGGUUUGAACAGUUUCAUUUAAACAAUUUAACGGGGAACGAAUUUUUGGGUGGGAUAGCUUGAGUGCACCUGCCUUGAGUUAAAUCGCGUCAUAUCGUCCACGAGGGAGGGAUCGCGUUCGUCUAUCAUAACAAUCAAGAUUUUAAACCAAAAAGUGAUCAUCGUCGUCAAACAUGGGGAUUUAUUUCAAGAGUCUGCAACUAGUCGUUCUGGGAAAAAUGCAUCCGAACUUAAUGAUUUACACCAAAAGCUGUUUUAAAAAUACAUUCUUUUAACGGUUCUGUGUUAUCUUUUUCCUAUAUUUGUAACUUUCAAGUAUUCUGACUUGGCUUUACAAUGUUGCAUUUAACUAAAGCUGAUUAUCGAUGUUUUUUUCCAUGAUAGAGGAUACUUUUGAUAUUGUAUUGUUCAUUGUGAUCAUUAAAGUGCUCAAACUGG